GAUUAACACUGAAAAUAAUUUUGUUGUAUAAGGAAGUAAUGUUGAUAUGGCUAGGCUGUGUCCCCACCCAAAUUUCAUCUUGAAUUGUAGUUCCUAUAAUUCCAACAUGUGGUGGGAGGGUCCCCAUGGGAGAUCAUUGAAUCAUUGAGGUGGUUUUCCCCAUACAGUUCUCAUGGUAGUGAAUAAGAUCUGAUGAUUUUAUAAGGCGCUUCCUCUUUCACUUGGCUCUCAUUCUCUCUUGUCUGCCACCAGGUAAGACAUGCCUUUUCACCUUCUGCCCUAAUUGUGGGGCCUCCUCAGCCACGUGGAACUACCACGGUGGAAGGAAUGGCUAAGGAUAAGGUGGAGGAGACAAGUGAGUUAGAAUGGGGCUUGUUACCCCGAGAAGAAUUUUCCCAAGUGAAUGGAAUCAUUCUUCAAAAGAAAGUAUGCGAUUUCUGGGAUAAGAUCUGGAACUUCCAAGCCAAGCCUGAUGACCUGCUCAUUGCUUCUUACCCCAAAGCAGGAACCACUUGGACACAGGAAAUUGUAGAUCUGAUACAAAAUGAUGGCGAUAUUGAGAAAAGCAGGUGCGCUUCCAUUCAACUUCGACACCCUUUCCUGGAGUGGAUAAGAAUGACACACUGUGGGAUCGACCAGGCUAAUGCAAUGCCUUCCCCAAGGACCCUGAAAACUCAUCUUCCUGUACGACUGCUGCCUCCAUCCUUCUGGGAGGAAAACUGUAAGAUGAUCUAUGUGGCAAGAAAUGCCAAGGAUAACCUGGUGUCCUAUUACCAUUUUCAAAGGAUGAACAAAGCACUCCCUGACCCGGGAAACUGGGAUGAGUACUUUGAAACAUUCCUGGCAGGCAACAGUGAGCCAAUGGUAUGGGGGUCCUGGUUCAACCAUGUGAAAGGCUGGUGGAAGAAGAAAGACAGUCACCCCAUUCUUUAUCUUUUCUAUGAAGAUAUGAUGAAAGAUCCAAAAUGUGAAAUUAGAAAGAUAAUGGAAUUCCUGGGGAAGAACCUCAAAGAAGAGAUUUUAGACAAAAUCGUUUAUAAUACUUCAUUUGAUGUAAUGAAAAAGAGCCCCAUGACCAACUACAUAAAUGAAAUUAGAAUGAAUCAUAAUCUCUCUCCAUUCUUGAGAAAAGGAGUCGUGGGAGAUUGGAAAAAUCAGUUCACUGAAGCUCAGAAUACGCAAUUUAAUGAAUACUAUGAGAAAAAUAUGGCUGACACUUCACUGUCAUUUUGCAUGGAACUCUAAAAAACACAGUGAGAGAAUAAAACAUAUUCUCUCACCAGCUUCUGUAAAGUGAAAAGGAAAUCUGUUUCCAAAUACCACUAAUGGUUUGUCUCACUCAGUGUAAGAGUUUUUAAACAAGGGCAUGAACAUUCUUUAUCCUUGAAUUUCUGAUCUGCUUUUUGGAUUACCCACAAUCUGACUUGUUAUAUAAUUAUUCUGUUUUGUGUUUUUCUCCCUUCUCUGCAGAUUUUCAGGGUUUAGGUGAAUUUCAAUAUCUCAACAUGUAAUAUAUAUAAAACAUUUAAUCAUUUCUGUUCCAUUUAUAUAUGCUUCUGUAUUUUAUUAUAAUUUUAAUUGAAUUAAAACAUUUCUUUCAUUACUUGCAAAAGUUCUAUGCAAUACAAUCUUACUUAGCAAAAAUGCCAGACCCACUGAUUUGAAAGCAGACAUAUUUUGAGCACCUUAUUCAUGCUAGGCAAUGGGCAGCACCAAAAGAUGAUAAGAAUAAGAUCCCUACCCCUAAGAAAGUUACAGCCUAAUAAGAG